CAAAAUGACGGGUUAAUGCGCACAGAGAACCUCUGUGCGGCUCAGACUCCACAUCCUACAGAUGAUGUGAGAAUUUCUUCCCCCCCACCCUCCAGGUUGGAUUUGCCACCUGUCAAGCAAUGGUAGCAGACCGCGCCGACUUCUCGUGGAAGACGUUUUCCCACGUUCGCCUGGAAAAAAAGAAACACGAAGAACUUUGCUGCUGCGUAAAGUAAACGCGUAAAACCCCUCGGCUUUUGGUGAUUCGAAUCCGAGCCUCUGCGCGCCCAGGAGGCUCCGAUCCCUCCUCAUGUGAAGAUUAGAUGGUUGACAACGCCUGAAAGACAGAGAUCAGGAUUAGUUUUUUUUUGUUUGUUUGUUUCAGCACACCUUCGUCUCUUCAUAUCUGCAUCUUGUCCUCUGAAUAUUUGCGCAAUGACCUUUGCUGCACUUGGAUUACAGCGAACUCGCCCGUGAGGUGGGCAGACAAUAAGGCUUGACAGAAGAUGCGACGGGGGUGGUGGCUCGUCACUUGGCUGGAGACAGGAAUGGCAAUCCUCUCUUUGCUGGGCCACAGCUGGGGCCAGGACACAGAAGACUGGCAAUAUGAGGCAUGCAAGCUGUCACGACCGGGCCCCCCUGCAACCAUAGUGACAAUCGACGAGGAGAGCCCCAACGGUACAGUUCUGGUAGAAAACAUGCAGAUCAAUGGCCAUGCUCAAGACCCAGGAAGAACCAUCUACCUGACAUUGCUGGACAACACCGACUACUGGGUGAUCCUGGCACCGGCACAGCAGAGGCUCUUCCUCAACAGCACCGGAAGAGUUCUGGACCGAGAUCCACCAAACUCCAUUACUACCAUUGUGGUUCAGGUUCAGUGCACCAACACACACGUUGGUACAGUAAUUUUACACGAGGUGCGGAUUGUUGUGAGGGACAAGAAUGACAACACACCUCGCUUUCAGCAUCCACGCUACUAUGUUGCAGUAAAUGAGCUCACACCCGUUGGAACGACAAUAUUCACCGGCUUCUCAGGAAAUAACGGUGCAACAGACAUUGAUGAUGGGCCCAAUGGACAUAUAGAAUACAGCAUUCUUUACAACCCCAGUGAUCCGGAAUCUAACAGGACAGUGAGUGUCGCAAACACACUAUCUGGGAAUAUUAUUCUUGCAGAAAGGCUGAACUAUGAAGAGAGAAUGCGCUACCUGGUUUUAGUCCAAGCCAAUGAUCGUGCUCCUUACCCUCCCAACAGACGAACGGUCACCACAACUCUAACUGUGGAUGUUCUGGAUGGAGACGACCUGGGCCCCAUGUUCCUGCCCUGUAUUUUAGUGAACAACACCCGUGACUGCAACCCCCUCACCUACCGAGUCGCUAUUGCUGAAUUCACUGAACCGAGCAAACUGAAUCCACUGAAUGUGACUCCUCCAAUCCGGGCUGUGGACAUGGACAGGAACAUUCAACCCCCAUCAGACAGACCCGGAAUUCUGUAUUUCAUCCUGGUUGGUCAUCCAAUUACAUACCCAGACUUCUUCUCUCUGAACAAGACGACUGCAGAACUGCGCGUCCUGAAGCCUGUUAGCAGAGACUUAUAUCAAAGGUUCACACUCAUCAUCAAGGCUGAGCAGGACAACGGACAUCCCCUCCCAGCCUAUGCUGAUCUCAUUAUCGACAUCCUGGAUGAGAAUAACCAGGCACCUUACUUUCAGUUUGCUACCUAUCAAGGAUACGUCAGUGAGGCAUCACCAGUGGGUACAACCAUCUCUGCCAGCACCAACCUCACCGCCCCUCUGGGGAUCGUCGCUCUGGAUAAUGACAUCGAGGAGACAAAAGACCCCAUGGUGAAGAUUACUAUGGAUGACUACACAACGAUCUUUGGACUGACCCCGACUGGGAUAAUCCGCUACCUUAGGCUCCUCAAACCUGUUGACCGGGAGAAGCAGAUGUCCUACACAUUCUCUAUGGUAGCAUCAGAUGGUGUACAGCAAAGUAGCCCGGUGACUGUUAACAUCCUGGUCAUCGAUGCCAACGACAACACGCCCACAUUUUCAGAAGUCUCCUACAGCGUCGAAGUCUUCACAAACAUGCAGCCGGGAGAAACGGUGCUACAGUUGACAGCAGCAGAUGCCGAUGAGGGACUUAAUGGUCUUGUCACCUAUGAGAUACUGGCUGGUGCUCGGGGAGAUUUUAUCAUCAGUAAUCGCACAGGGCGCAUUACCGUGGCACCUGGCGUCACUCUGACUGUGGGUCGAUCUUAUGCACUGACUGUCAAGGCCUCUGAUAACGCACCAGAGACCCAGAGAAGGAGUUCUAUUACAACAGUGUACAUUGAGGUGUUGCCACCCAACAACCAGAGCCCCCCACGCUUUCCUCUUUUCACCUACAGUCUGGAAGUCAGUGAGGCCAUGAGGAUCGGUGCUAUUCUGCUGAACCUGCAGGCCACAGACAGGGAAAAUGACCCAAUCACGUACCUUAUUGUGAGUGGAGAUUCCCAGCAGAUCUUCAACCUCUCUAAAACAAUUGGCAUUUUACUUCUGGGUAAACAUCUGGACAGAGAAACAACCGACCAGUACCGUCUGAUAGUCACAGCAUCUGAUGGCCACCCUGGAGGGACAUCCACUACCACUGUGAGCAUCGUGGUCACUGACGUGAAUGACAAUGACCCAGUUUUUGACCCUGAUGGUGCCACUAAUUUUACUGUCCGAGAAGAAGAGGCCAACGUUUUUGUAGGACAAGUCAAGGCUACAGAUCCAGAUGCAGGUGCUAAUGGCCAGGUGCGCUACCGGAUAGUGAAUCAUCCUGAGUUGUUUACAGUCAACGCUAAUGGCAGCAUCUUCACAGCGGUGCCUCUUGAUCGGGAGCUCAGAAGCCAAUAUGACCUGGUGGUAGAGGCGUCAGAUGGGGCAGUGGACCCCCGACGCACCUCCUUGACCCUCUCAGUCAAGGUCACGGACAUCGAUGAUAACAGUCCAGUCUUCUCCCAGCAGUCCUAUGUGGUGAAUGUACCUGAGAACAGCCCAGUUGGAACUGUAGUACUGAAGCUAAGGGCGGUGGAUGCAGACUUGUUCUCCAAUGUUACGUAUCGGAUCAAGACAGAAUCAGCCAGACAACUCUUUUAUCUGAACCCUGUCACCGGAGAGUUAUCAGUGCUUCUGACCUUGGACUUUGAGGACCUGGCAGCUCUGGGUGUCGGAACCACUUUCUCUUUCCAAGUGGAAGCUGUUGACCAAGGAGGGGUCACACCCCCAGGGCAAGCUACCGUCACGGUCCGCAUCACGGAUAUGAAUGACUUCUCCCCUGUGUUUAGCCAAGCCCUGUAUAAGGGUAUGGUGGCACCCAAUGCAGAGAAAGGAACUGUCAUCACAACUGUGUUUGCUGAGGACCAAGACCCACCUGGUACUACAGCCAGUUUUGUCCGGUACAGAGUGGAUCUGGACAAAUCACCAUACAGUGGAAGCAUAUUUGAUGUGGAAGAAGAGUCAGGAAGGGUUGUCACCAGGGUCAACCUUAAUGAAGAGCCCAGUGUUACUUUUAAGUUAUUCCUGAUAGCCUACGAUGACGGGGAGCCGGUGAAAUCUAACAGCACUUUAGUGGAGAUCACUGUCCUUCAGCCUUCCCGUAUCCCGAUCUUCACCCAGGAAGAGUACAGGUUUCCACCAGUUAGUGAGUUGGCUCCGAUUCACACACCUGUGGGAAUGAUUCUAGCUGCUGCUAUCAAUCAAACCAUCUUCUACUCUAUUGUAGCAGGAAAUGAACAAGGUCAUUUUCAGGUGAACAACAGGACAGGUGUGAUCUCCACAGCCAAGUCUUUGGAUUAUGAGAAUGUGACCAGCUAUGUCCUCAGGGUCCAGGCUGACUCAAUGAUAGUCGUCAUGUCCAACCUCCGUGUGCCUUCGAAAACUAACACAGCCAAGGUGUUCAUUGAGGUGCAGGAUGAGAAUGACCACCCUCCCGUCUUCUCCAAGCAGCUCUACAUAGGUGGAGUGACAGAAGACACAAAGAUCUUCAGUUCUGUGCUCAAGAUAGUGGCCACCGAUAAGGAUACUGGGAAUUACAGCGCCAUGGCAUACCGUCUGAUUAUCCCACCCACGACAGAGGGUCAGGACAGCUUCAUCAUCGAGACAUACACUGGUAUCAUCAAGUCUGCCACCAUGUUUCGAAACAUGCGCAGGUCCUACUUCAAGUUUAAAGUUAUUGGUACAGAUGACUACGGAAUAGGUCUCAGUAGCAGUGCUGAUGUGGUGGUUUCUGUGGUUAAUGCACUAGACAUGCAAGUUGUUGUGUCCACUGUCCCGCCCACUUUAGUGGAAGAGCAUAAGGAGCAGCUCAUUAGUAUUCUGGAGCGCCACGUCCAGGACCAGAUUCCAGGUGCAAAGGUGAUUGUGGAGUCUAUUGGACCCCGUCGUCAUGGUGAUGGCUUUGAACUUGAAGACUACAGCAAAUCAGAUCUGAUGGUGUAUGCCAUAGACCCACUUACGAACAGAGCCAUUUCACGUCAAGAGCUGUUCAAGUUUCUUGAUGGGAACGUGCUGGAAAUCAACAAAGAGUUUCAGCCGUACUUGGGUGAAGGCGGCAGAAUCCUGGAGAUCCGCUCGCCAGACAUCGUGGCCAGCGUGAAGAAGGCAGCUCAGGCUGUGGGCUACACAGAGGGAGCUCUGUUAGCUCUGGCCAUCAUCAUCAUCCUCUGCUGCAUCCCUGCCAUCCUCAUAGUCAUGGUCACCUACAAGCAGUUCAAAGAGCGACAGGCUGAGUGUGCCAAAACUGCACGGAUUCAAAUGGCUUUACCACCAGGAGGAAAGACAGCUCCUGCCGGGGCUCCCACUAACCUCUAUGAGGAGCUGGGAGACAGCAGCAUAAGGCGAGGCCAGGGCAGACAGCAACAGCAACUGCUGAGGCCAUCUCUUCUGAGACCUGAGGAGCUCUCCAUGGAAUCCGGUAUCGACCCAGGCCAAGACUACUACUCACAGGGCUACUAUGAUUAUGACCAGGGGUAUGACAUUCCACAGUAUGGCAGUCGCCGGAGGUUGAUAUCGCCGAUCUAUGAUGAAUAUGGAGAGGUGAUAAUGGAAGAUGAUGGUUAUUACUACGGUCCACGUGAGCAACCUGGGACCAAGAAGCGGAUUAAGUUGGUGGUAGAUCGAGAAAAUGAAACCAGCUCCACAGGAGAAGAAAGCUCUGCGGAUACCCAGCGGAACCGGAUCCCCAAUGUCAACAGCCACAGUAACAUCAACGGCAACAUUUACCUUGCACAGAAUGGCACAAUCAUCCGAACCAGGCGGCUGGCCCACCCAAACCACCUCAAGGUGGGCUCGCCAACUCGGCUUGCUAAGCAGUUUAAAAAAUUAGACAAGUUAGGUGUGACUCAUGAGGAACCCUCUCCCAUUAUUAAUGUUGAGGGCACAGGAAAGGAUGCCGAAAAUGGGAAUGUUUCAUUGAAUGUGGACAUCAACCUCAAUACCCGGUCCUCCUCUGGCUCACUGGGAGCCGCCAUUUCAGGACUUAAGAGCUUUGAGUCCAAAACCAAUAUAGCUAAGACUCUGACUGACAGAAACAGCAGUUGCCCGAGUGCCAGCGAGGAACAAGAGCCUUCAUUUGACAACCACAAGGACAGCAGGGAGAUGCUGGAAUCCCAGAGUGAGCACACAUUAUCAGAUGAGGACGAGUUAUGGAUGGGACCUUGGAACAGCCUGCACAUACCAAUGACAAAACUCUGACUGCUCAAGCAGAAAAUGAAUUUCAUAAUUUUGUUUUCUUACUCCCUUUGUCAGCCUGUUUUUGUUAAAAAAAAAAGAAAAGAUUAUGUUCCUCAGCUGCAUAAUCUCCGUCAAAACAGGUGAUUGCACUUGUAGUCAAAAAUUAUUUCUCACAAAUGAUUUGAAGAGCCGUAAUACAUCAAAGCUUACGUGUAUCAAGCAUUUCUUACUGACAGGGCUACUACAGAGCGGGAUGUACGUAGAGCUGCAAGGCGAUGAGUGCCUUGAAGAAAUAAGAGAUUUACAUGAAUUUUUAACUUUCUUCACAACAGAAAAGAUGAGCCUUGCUACCUUUUUGUUCUGAAACAGACUGUACCGAGAUUGUCAUUCUAUAUUUACAGAGAAAUCACAGUGACCACAGUAAAAAAAAAAAAUUGUGAUUAUAUAGCAUAUGAUAAAAUUAUUUUGCUAACUGCAUUUUACCAGCAGAUAAUUAAGACUGUCAUUGAUUAUUUUAUGUUGUGAUCACUUGGAGAUGUUUUCAAAAAAAAAAAAAAAAAAAAAAAUCUGAAAAUAUAUAAAAUUAUUUUUGUGUAUUUUGUAUCAGAGAUAAAUCUCUAACACGUGAAAUCAAAGAUUUAAGAUACGCAUAGCUGUAUUUCAGCCGUGAAUUAUGACUGUAUAAUGAUUUUUUAAAGAUAUUUAUAACUGCAGAAUGUGGUAUUUUCAGCCCCUUUACAUGACGCAGAUUCAUUCUGUUCAUGAUAAUUUAUUAAUUGAUAAAUUAUUAAUUGAAACAUCUAAACCUCAUACUUGGGGAAAAGGAUUACCAAAUAAUGUAUCAGAAUGAACAAUAAAGUUCUAAUCU